UCCUCGGGAGAUGGAAAGUUCGAAUCUUUGCUUUUAGGGAAUUAUUACAGACUAAACCCAUUAAUCUGUACUCAUAAAAGUAUCGAUUUUCCCCAAAAAUUUUGCUGGUUUUACAUCUGACCCUGAAGGGUUAGAUCGGUAAUACAUAGAUCUUUGAUGGGUUCUGGGAAUUCAAAGAGAACCGACAGGCAAGACUCGUUUUCCUCUCGGUCGGAUUCGUCGGCGUCUUCAGAUCAAGAAUCUUACAUUCUAUACGGUCAAGAAAGCUAUAGCUAUCCACCCCAACAGAUCUGCAGUUCUGACUACGCCUAUCCUCAGCCGAGGUGCUAUUCGCAGGCGCCUCCUGAGCCGCCUUCCAACAUCCAUGGAAGUUCUUGGAAGAAACCCGGGCGGAGUUACGCCGACUUAGCGUAUGAGUACACUUGUACAGAACAGGUGGUAGAGGCUCUUGCACAGGCGGGUCUAGAAGCUUCUGAUCUAAUCGUCGGUAUCGACUUCACCAAGAGCAAUGAAUGGACAGGAGCUAAAUCCUAUGGGAGAAAAUGCUUGCAUUAUAUUGGUGAUCAACCAAACCCAUAUGAGCAAGUGAUAGCCACCAUAGGGAAAACCUUAGGAGUCUUCAGCGAAGAUAACUUAAUCCCAUGUUAUGGUUUUGGAGACGCAUCAACUUAUGAUCGAGAUGUUUUCAGUUUCUAUUCUGACGGGAGAUCUUGUAAUGGGUUUGAGGAGCUACUAUCUCGUUAUAGAGAAAUCGUUCCUCGUCUUAGAUUCGCAGGACCGACCUCGUUUGCCCCCGUCAUUGAAAUGGCUAUGACCAUUGUUGAGCAGAGUGGUGGACAGUAUCAUGUAUUAGUCAUAGUAGCCGAUGGACAGGUCACACAACAUCUCGACGACAGCAAGGAAAUCUGUUAG